GUGUGCGUGUGUGUGUGUGUGCGCGUGCGUGCGUGUGUGUUUGGUUUCUCUCUCCCUCUUAAGAACUCAGCCCCCGCCUGUCUUCUGAUGUUGCUGCCGCUCUGACUAGCUUGCUGCCUCUUGCCUCUCCUUUCUCUCUCUGCUUAGCGCCUUGCCUUCUGAUACCACUCCCAGCAUGGAGACCAAUCAGUCUGUACAGCCGUCGGGGGAGCCACAGUCAACACCUGUGGGGGACAGUUCAGUACUGCCCAGUCAAAAUGGCCUGGAGAAGCAAGAUGAUCAGGAUUCCUCAACCCCGCUCCCAGCACCUGAGGAGGAGGCAGGUGUGCAGCCUGAACGGGGAGCCCAUGAUAUCUCUGAAGAAUUGAACCGACAACUGGAAGACAUCAUUAACACGUACGGGUCUGCUGCCGACACGGCAGGGAAAGAGGGUCCCACCGCGGCCAAGGAGCAGCCUGAGAACACAGAACCACCCGACAAUGAGGACAGGGACUGCGAGGAGACCACUGGAGAGACGGAGAGAGAACCUCCGGCCUCUGGAGAGCCACCCGCAGCCAAGGAGCCUGUCAGCAAUAAAGAGCAAAAAUUGGAGAAGAAAAUUCUAAAAGGAUUAGGCAAAGAAGCCAAUCUGCUAAUGCAAAAUCUGAACAAGUUGCAAACUCCUGAGGAAAAGCUUGAUUUUUUAUUCAAGAAGUAUGCUGAACUGCUGGAUGAGCAUCGCACUGAGCAAAGGAAGUUAAAACUCUUACAGAAGAAACAGGCACAGAUCCAAAAAGAAAAGGACCAGUUACAAGGUGAACACAGCAAAGCUAUCCUUGCACGAAGCAAACUGGAGGGUCUGUGCCGGGAGCUGCAGAGACACAACAAGACACUGAAGGAGGAAACCCUUCAGAGGGCACGUGAGGAAGAAGAGAAAAGGAAGGAGAUCACAAGUCAUUUCCAGGGCACCCUCACAGAUAUCCAGGCCCAGAUCGAGCAGCAAAGUGAACGAAAUAGGAAGCUCUGUCAGGAGAACACUGAGCUCGCAGAGAAACUAGAAAGCGUCAUUGACCAGUAUGAGCUCAGAGAGGAGCACCUGGACAAAAUAUUUAAACACAGAGAACUGCAGCAGAAGCUGGUGGAUGCAAAACUCGAGCAGGCGCAAGAAAUGAUGAAGGAAGCAGAGGAGCGACACAAACGUGAAAAGGAAUAUUUGCUGAACCAGGCAGCAGAGUGGAAACUUCAGGCCAAAGUGCUGAAGGAACAAGAGACAGUCCUGCAGGCUCAGCUUACUGUCUACUCUGGAAGGUUUGAAGAGUUUCAGAGCACACUGACAAAAAGCAAUGAGGUGUUUGCCACCUUCAAACAGGAAAUGGAUAAAACCACUAAGAAAAUGAAGAAGCUGGAAAAGGACACAGCCACGUGGAAAGCUCGGUUUGAGAACUGUAACAAAGCUCUGUUGGACAUGAUUGAAGAGAAAGCACUGAGAGCUAAAGAAUAUGAGUGCUUCGUGAUGAAAAUUGGAAGGCUAGAGAACCUCUGUCGAGCAUUACAAGAGGAGAGAAACGAACUCUAUAAAAAAAUUAGAGAAACAAAAAUGCCUGAAAAGGAUGACCAAGGUCAGCUCACCUCUGACGACGACGAGCCAGAGUCAAAUACCUCCGUGGGUGAAGAGGCAGAUGCGGAGGAAGCCAACAGUGUUCACAAUGCUGUGCAAAAUCUGGCCGCGGCCUUCAUGGUCAUUCAUCGUCCAGAGUCAACCCUCGAUGCGUCCAAAGAAAUCCAAACAGAAGUCAGCAGUCCUCCACGGGCCGGCGGCACGGCCCUCAAGGGGCUGGAACAAGCCCCUCUGAGCCCAGCAUGCCAUUCAGGGACUCCCCUGCAUCCCUCAAGUCCUCAGGCUGAGGCGGAGGGUGGCAACGAGGCAGAACCUGCCCUCAGAUUAGGGUCAGGAGCACAGGCCCAAGGCAAUGGUCCCCCUGCUGGACCACACGCUGAUCCGCAGCCCCGGAAGCCAGAGGCAGCAUUUUGCAGCCAGGCCCCGGAGCCUCCAGCAGAAGCAUUUCUAUGGGAGAUGGAGGCCAACGGGCAGCCCCGGAAGCCAGAGGCAGCAUUUUGCAGCCAGGCCCCGGAGCCUCCGGCAGAAGCAUUUCUAUGGGAGAUGGAGGCCAACGGGCAGCCCCGGAAGCCAGAGGCAGCAUUUUGCAGCCAGGCCCCGGAGCCUCCGGCAGAAGCAUUUCUAUGGGAGAUGGAGGCCAACGGGCAGCCCCGGAAGCCAGAGGCAGCAUUUUCCGGACAGGCCCCGGAGCCUCCGGCAGAAGCAUUUCUACGGGAGAUGGAGGCCAACGGGCAGCCCCGGAAGCCAGAGGCAGCAGCUUCCGGCCAGGCCCCGGAGCCUCCGGCAGACGCAUUUUUACGGGUGAUGGAGGCCGACGGUCGUGCCCCGCCCCCCGCAGCGGAAGAGCACGUGCCAGCUGGGGAGUCUAGAUGUGAGCCCAGGAGGCAGCCCGCAGAAGCAGCAGCAGCGGAGGGGCUGCCAGGAGGGCCCUCAGCUGGGCCCCCGCUGCCCGAAGUGGCCGACACCGAUCUGGAAGGAGCCGACUAAGCCUUCUCUGCCUUCUGAGGCUGUUCUUCCCGACUUUCCAUCGUCCUAACAGAUUGUCUCCUGAAAGAGGCAUUAAGGGCUGGGGACGUGUAAUGGAAGAGACUUAUUUAGAAUCAAGACAUUUUAAUAUGUUAUGCGAAGUACCUUCACCCUUUGCUAUUUGUUCUCAAUUUAUAACUGAUUUGGAGAUUUUCUCUUUAACACUGAUAGUAUAAUUUUCUCAAAUGGCAACAAAACAUACGAGUAGCAAAUUUAUAUUAAUUUGCCAUUAAGGUGGUACUUAAUUCAAUUUCUUAACAGUAAGAUUUGGUGUUUAAAGACUCCCAUUACAGUAUAUAAAUACUGAAAAUGUGAUGCUUUAUUUAUUUCCAUAGAGUUUAAUAAGUGCCAUAGUAAGUAAUGGAUGACCAGGUUCCAUUUAAACAUUAUAUACAUUGUAUGUGUGUGUGUAUAUGUAUGAAUAUACACAUAUAUGUGCUUAUGCACUUAUAUACACGUGUAUAUUUUAUACACAUGUAUGCAAAUAUAUAUUACAUACAUUUCGAUCAUCUCUUUUUGGCUUUCUCUCAUGCAGAAUAUUUAGAUGCUUAUCAAAAAAAUUAUCUCUUACUUGCACCUGGGACUAGAGUAGACUAAUGCUCUGUGAAUUAGAAAUAGGUUCAGAACACAAAUAUUAGGCUACAUAAUGUUGGGUAAAAAUAAGUAACCCAAUGGUAGGUCAAUAAAUUCAACCAAUGGAUUAAAUGACAGAACCGCAUUGGGUUAGAUUGCAAGGCUAUACAGAGCACAUAGACACAAAGAUGGCCAAAAGAGGCCCUAAAAAAUGGGGGAACAAUCACAGCAGUAGACUGCUCACCUCUUGCAGCUGCUUCUCCCACACAACUCGGCCCCUUGCCUUGCAACACCCUCAUGUGGUGAAGCAGCCCACUCACGGCUUCCUGCAAGGAAAGGGUUGGAAGUGGGAAAGGGAGCUGGGGAUGGAGGGAUUGAGGGCCCUCAGGCUGAGAGUCUGUGCUCUGGUACCCCGGCUUUUGAGCUAGAGGUCUGGAGAGAGCAUAUUCACCUGGCCCUGCCAACUCUUCAGUUGCCUCCCUGUUGUCUACCACUCUCUCCAGAGGGUUUCCCCACCACCUCCUGCUGUCACUGCCCUAGUCUAUAUUCUCAAAGCUUCUGCUCCUUUCUAACCCUCUCCUUGGCAGCAGGAAAUUACAUUCAGCCCUCAUCUCAAUUAUGGCUUAGUAAAAGCUAUUAUGUUUCCAAAACAAAUCCACACAGGGUCUAAAUAUGAGUGAUGGGGCUUGCAAACCAACACAUUUUCUGCUUUGAUGAAUUCUGUACAGCCAGAAGUUCAAAGCAAAGGACAAGUGGGUCCCUACUCAAAAUGACUUGAAAAAUAGGUGAGGAUUUAGGAGAUGCAAAAGCUAGAAACACCUGGGGUUGUCUACAUGAGUAUUACAUUAUUAUUGCGUGACAAGAACCUCUAAUAAUACUGACAGCAUGAAUUACUCUAUCUAGAGUAAAGAGAGACUGCAACAAAGAAAUAGGAGGGAAGAGAGGGAGGGAGGGAAAAAACAGAUCUAACCCAACCCUACCUUAAAAGUUGAACUCAAGUAGAAACAUGGUUAAAAGCAAGAUUCUCUACUACUCAUCCAAGAAAUCAUUUUUCAGUGUUGCAUGUGGCUGUCUGCUAAAGCACACAAAGUGCUUGUAGGCAGCAACCAUAUGCUAUAAGAAUUGUAAACUGCAUAAUAUUUGAAGCAGACAGUGAGGGUAGUAACAAAAUGCUAGUCAGGAGAAAAAAAUCAGGAAAAAAGCAUAUGCUAUUUGAGAACCAUGUAUUUUUAAAGGCUUAAAAUUUUAUAACCACAGGGUAUCCAGCCAAAUUCAACAUUAACUGAAAAUCUUAGCUAUUUAAACAUUCAUUUAAUUCAGAGCCAAAUACGCACUACAACAAUCCAGGAGGGUCUCCUUUCCCAUUAUUUACAGAAGCUGAACUUCCAAGAAUGGGGUAAGAUUAGAUAAUCAUAGUAAAGUCUCACUCUGAAUGUUUAGCAAGAGAAACAGGCAGGAGAGGAGCCGAAAUCCAGUAAAUCAAAUAUUCUAAUAAAUAUUCUAAAAAGUUCAUUUUUUUUUUUUAAUCCAAAAGCUUUCAUAGCAACAUGUUACUCACUAUGGUAUAUAUCUUGGGCAGAUUUUCAGAUACAAUAACUUGCCUGAAAUUUACAAGGCUUAAUAUAGGCUUUAGAAGAAUUAUUUUAAUAUUCAAAGUGUUUUAUUUUAGUCCUUUGGCCUUACUAAUUAUAACAAUAACUCAUAAGACCCAAAAGAGUAAGGAAUUUCUGUUCCUUAUCAAGGUCAUAUAACUAUUUCUAGAGAUGCCAAGUCUACUUUCCAGAAACACUGAAGUUAUUGGUGUUUUCUAAAGUAAAUAACUAUAAUUUAUGUAUUUACUAAAAAGGCACUUCUCUUCCCAAAUGCUCCAGUAGUGGUUUUAUUUAAAAAAUUUUCACUUAUAUUUAUUUUUACUUAUGUUACUUCUAUGUUUCAACAAUACCUAACAAAGAUUGUGGUUAUAUUCUCUUGGUUGAAUUUUUGGUCUAUGAGUAGAAUGUACAUGGAAUGAACACCUUGAAAAUCUUGGUGUGGGUGUGUGCGCACGCGUGCGCUCGGUGAGAGAAAAGAGGGGAGGAAGGGAGAGAAAGAGAGAAUGUGAGGGCCCAGGCCUAAUGAGAGAGCAGAACCCAGGCUCCUGGGCCUGGCCAUCCGCUGCUGCAGACCUAUCACACUUCCGUUCCAGACUCCCGUGAGACCAUGUUUCCACAAACUUCUCUGGCAUUUGCCCUCUCAGAAAUAUUCUGAGGCGUAAGGGAGGGAGUGUAGAAGGUGUCAGCUUAUUCUCCUUUCUCUACCUGCUUCAAGACUUUUCUCUAACAAGCCCGGAAGAGGCCCAGGGUUCUGCCUUUUGCUUUUUCACUCUCCCCAACCCAUCUUGAUCCAGGAGGGGCUUCUUGAAUGCAGCAUUUCCUAGCAUUCUUGGAGAAGCGGGUUGCUUAGCUAGAAUGAAAAAAAAAAAGAUUAAACCUUGCUUUUUUCAUAUGGUAUAGAUACACAUUUUUUAAAUAGCUCUUUUUUUUUAAAUAAUGAAAGUAUUAUGUGUUUGUUGCAAAACUGAAGCUGCUUUUCAAUAAGACUAAGAGAUAGCGAGGAGAGAGAUCAUUUCAGGAAAAUUUCCUUAGCCCCUGCUCUAACCAGUAGUUAAAUCCAGUAUUUAGAAAAAGUGAAAGUAAUUAAAAUGUAAAGGAUUCACUAAAAGAAGAUAUGAAAUAAAAAUGAUAACUCUGGUCUCUAAAAUUUGUUCCCAUCAUAAACUGGCAAGGAGGAUUUAUGAAGUAAGUAGGCAAGUAGAGUAUAUAGGUUAAAUUUUCACAAGGCUUAACUAAUUGCCGUUUCUGAACCUGAAAAUUAAAGUUAUCAUUAGAUCAACCAUGAGAGCAUUCCGUGAGAAUAGAAACAUUCAUAAGUGAUAGCAAUAAAAGUUUUCCUCAACACUGUUCAGUUGUAUCCUCAAUACCUGAAGUCGAGUCUCCUUGGUGGUAUCCCCCGAUAGAAUUUCCACAAAUGCUAGUUACUGAUGCAUAUGUGUGUGAAUGUACACACGCACAUGCACACAACAGACAUGUAUAAAAUUUGACAUAGAUUUAAUUCUGUUCCUAUAGAUGAGUCUUUACACCUAUAUUUUCAAAGGAUACCUACUAUCAUUUUUCCUGACAAGGACAAAGUAUAAAAAGGAAUCAUUUUCUUCAUGAAUAAGGAUAUUUGACAGAAACAUUUAACUAGCAAAAGAAACCUACAAAUUCAUUGACCCAUGGCAGAAAAACUAUUCACAGAAGCUGUUUCACUCUAUCAGGAGAUAAGAAACAAGAUAAAUCACUUCAGCAGGACAAUCAACCCUGGCAAAAUCUGAAUGCAAGUCCUUCCUGCUGGAUAUUAGAGCCUCAGACUGUCUAUUAACACCGACGUUGAUCCCAUUUAAUUAAUUGAUUUAUUUGCAAUAUAUGCAAAUAUUUUUGAAUGAAUGAAUGAACUGUUUAUUAUAUUUAAAAAAUUUUUUACUCUUUUUUAACCCCAAAUUAAUUUUUUAAUUAAAUCCACUUUGUAAAAUUUUUAUACAGUUUUUAAAGGUUACUUUCCAUUUACAGUUAUUAUAAAAUAUUGGCUAUAUUUUAACUUUGAAUUUUUAAAAGUGGCAUAUCAAUGUUCAAUUACCUCAUAUCAUAAUUAAAACAUACCUAGGUGUCAGAUUAUUUCAGAACUGACAGUCAAUGGAUGACAUAACAAAUAACACAAAACCACCAUAACAAGAAAAGCAAGAAGACAUAUGUUAAGAGAGGAGAAGAAAGAAGGAGAGAGAGCUAUUAUAUAAGAGAAAAAAUAAAAAGAUAAAACUUUAAGACUAUUAAGAGCAAUAAAGGAAGUGGCACAUCAAUUGGUGGUCCCUUUUGUGAAAGCAGGAUUAUAAUAAAGGGCAAGAACCAUAAUGACAUUCACACACCUCCACACCGUAAUGUCAACUUGGGGAAAUUUUUACAAACAUGUUUCUCAGUGUUGUUGUUUUAUUGUCUUUCUUCUUGUUUGCCUUUCUUUUAAAAUAAUAAAUGUGGUCUUUUUAGUAUUAAAAUAAUAAAAUUAUAGAACAUUUAGAAAAUAGAGAAAAAAGAAGAUUUACCCAAUACUCUAUCACCCUAACAACCACUGUCAGCAUUCACUAUAUAAUACUGUAUUUUAUUUUAUUAUAAAUUUAUUUUAUUUAUUUAUUUAUUUAUUUUUGGCUGCGUUGGGUCUCCGUUGCUGCGUGCAGGCUUUCUCUAGCUGCGGCGAGCGGGGGCCACUCUUCGUUGCAGUGCGCGGGCUUCUCAUCGUGGUGGCUUCUCUUGCUGGGGAGCACAGGCUCUAGGCGCGAGGGUUUUAGUAGUUGUGGUGCACCAGCUCAGUAGUUGUGGCACACAGGCUUAGCUGCUCCGUGGCAUGUGGGAUAUUCCCGGACCGGGGCUUGAACCCCUUGUCCCCUGCAUUGGCAGGUGGACUCUUAACCACUGCACCACCAGAGAAAUCUUAUCAUAGUGUAUUUUAAAUUACCUAUCUUUUUGAUUUAACGUUGCGUUAGUUUGUCUUUGGGGGAGGGUGCAGUAGUUCAAGUGAGAGUAAUAGCUGUUAAUAGCUUCCAGCUUUGUGCGUUCACACUGUGUAUUCAAAUUUUAUAUGCUUACAUGGAGGCAUAUUAUACUAUUUUUAGAAUAAGCAUGACUGCGCCAAUACAGAUACACAGCACACUUAUAUGUUGUUUGAAAAAGUUAUGCCAUGCAAUGCACUUAAACGUUCCACCGCACAUAUACAAAUUUCCAAGUAAACCUACUGGACAUGGGCUAGAGUAAGACGUCUAAACUUAACACAGCUCAAAAAAUUAUAUAAAUAUCAAAAACCAACUCUAGAUAAAUACAAAUGCCUUAAAUAACAAAACAAAAAAAAGUCGAACUCCAGUUUAUGAAGUGACAGGAAAUAUAUGAUAAUACCAUAAAUCAUUACAUUGGCUAAAUAAAGGUCAAUGAUCUAAAACAAAUCUAAUCUCUUUAAAGUUAAUGAGACAGUUAGUGGCUUUGCUGCUCUAAUGAAAUGAUGGUCACCAUCACUAGCUAUAGCAUAUCUAUUAAGUAGGGCAAGGCUAAAAACUGUUGUGACCCGAGAUUGCUCUAAUAACUACCAGGCAGAUGCAACCAACCAUGGACUAUUCAGGGAUCCCAUAUACUAAGAAAGUCAGAGUUGAAAUUUAUAGAAAUAGUACAACAGGGAUGCUUUCAUCACAUCUAAAGUCACAAGGUUAAACAUAUGUUAGAUUGGAGGACUAUCAGUGUGAUAGUAUAGGCAAGAUUUAUUAGAAUACAGCUAAUGCUCUACCCAAACCAGUAUAAUUCCUCACAGACUGUUGUAAUAUAGUGUAUAUUAUAUGUUAAGACUUGUUUUCUUAAUAGUCUUGUCAAGAAGUUAUUCCCUGGAAUAAAAUCAGUCAGGUCCAAAGUGAAAAGUGUAGGAUAGCACUGGUCCAGGAAUCAGGCUGUUGAGUCCCUUGUCCCUGUUCUGCUACCAACCAGCAGGGUGACUUUGGAGAAAUCACCUAAUAUCUCUGGGCCUCAGUUCACUCAUCUAUAAAAUGACAGCCUUGGAUUAGAUGAGCUCUAAGGUUCUGACAGCUCCGAUUAAAUUCUCAAAAGACUUAGGAAGUUAUGUGGGUUUUUCUACUCUCCAGAGAGGGUUUUAGUGUAAGAGAUCUGCAUAUCACCCUGGGCAUGUCUGUUAGAAGUUAGGCAAGGGGAAAGAGACAAGAAAUUACUCUAAUAAAAAGUUGUUUUUAAUUUUAAAAUUUA